CUGUGACCAACUAUAAGUCAACUGCUGUCAGCCGUCAUUCUCACGUAGUCUGAUAAGAAAAAUCCUUAAAAUGUUAUUGAAUUGAAAUUCCACAGUGAAAAAAUAUGAUCGAUUCACGAUAUGUCUACACAAUAAUACCGCUAAUUCUGGGACUACUAUUGGGCAUAUUCGACAGUUAUGUAUGGGCGUUUGGACUUCUCCUGCUGUAUGGCAUCAGCGUCGUAUGGAGUGUCCAAAUUUUGGAGUACCUGGGUGUGAAGUUCAGAGCUGAUCAGGCUGAGAAUAAUUGGAAAUCCAAGGAUGACGGGACUUGCAGGGUGUGUAGUGGCAGUGCAUGCAAUAGACACAGGCCUUCGGUUUACAGUACACAUGUCAAAGUGCCAAAGGACUUUGACACCGCCCUUCAGAAUCUCCUGGAAACUGUUCUCCAAACGUACGUAUACGAAUGGUACUCGACGUUCUCCACAGACGAGGCAUUUCUCCAGGAGCUUCGACUAACAAUCGCCACAGCUGCUAGAAAUAUACUUAGCAGACUAUUCCGUGCGAAUAUCUCCGAAGUGAUAUUCAAUAAUUUGAUACCUGUUGCCCUACAACACGCGGAGGACUGGCGACUCCUGGUGAUUCACGCUCAUAAGAAUGGAAAUAAACCAGAGGACAAUGUUCUUGAUUAUUUGGGGCAUAGGAUUCACCCAGCAGCUCUCUCACGAGACGCUGAACUGAAUUAUCUGAGGGGACUGGUCAGCGGCUUCAUUCCGCAUUUAAUUCCAAGCUCAUAUAUCUCGACGAAUAAUAAAGUGAUUCAACGUGAGAUUCUAGCGAAUUGGGUGCUUCUCCCAGCGAUGGACGCCCUGUCCGACCCCGAUACCAUAAAUUUUCUCGUUCAAUUAUGCACACAAUAUCAGGGGGAUUUAUCACAGGAACUCGACGCGGUGGAGGUCCCUGCUCUGCAGUCUUGGAUAACCCCAAGGAUAACUGUCCAAGACACGGAGGAUCCUCUCAAGCCCUCCUUAGAACAAGUAUUGGACAAUCCUCAAUUGCUCUACCUGUUUAUGCAACACAUUAAGGAAACUGGUCCUGUCAAUCUGCUACAAUUUUGCUUGGACAUUGACGACCUCAGCAAGCGUAUGCUCAAUCCCGACGUGACCCCCGAUCUCGAAGAGACCCUUUACACGGAUGCCCAGAGCAUAUACUCCACGUACCUCGACCCCCAAGGCCCCGAGUACCUCCACCUCCCCUGGCACAUCACUCAAGGUAUGCACCAGAUUCUCGAGGGUGGUUCCAGCAAAGUGCAAGACCUCCGGACCUCUCGUCCUCUGUACCAGGCCCACCAAGAGGCCCAUGCACGCCUGGAAGCCAUCUGUCUGCCCUCAUUCCAUCACAGCUUCGAACUGUACAAACUCCUCUGCGGUUCUCCAGUGUCCACUGCAUUCUCCAGGACUCCGUCACAGAAUAGUAUAUCUGGAGGUGUCGGUAUGGGGGCGAGACUCAGCAAUCAACUGGGGAGAAUUCGGGGAGUUCUGCGGGCCUCGGCGGUCGAUGGGGCGCCCUUUCAAACCCCAGACGUAUUUCAAGCUGAAGAGGUUGAUUGUACCCCAAGGACAUACAUCGAUACGGCAUUCUACGAGGACAAAUGCUCGAGGGACUUGACCACGUGGAGAGUAACUGUACCUCAUGUGGAUGGGGGUGGAGCAUAUCCUCUGUACAUGAUCGCUGUUCACAGCGUAGCCGAGGAUAAAUCCUGGACAGUUCUCCGUAGGGACCAGGAUUUCCACGUUCUUCGGGCUCGUCUGAUGGAGUUCCACGGGGACAGGGAGAUGAACGACUCACCCCUGCCCACGAGAAAAAAUCAAUCCACAUCACUGACGGCCAAUCGACAGCGAUAUCAAGAUUUCCUGCAGAAGCUCCUUGCAAAACCAACUUUACGCAGCAGUGAAUUAUUGCAUAUAUUCCUGACCGCACCCAAUCUCAAAUCUUAUCUGACAAAUUACAGUACUCCGGACAUUGGAAUACUCUAUCAGAGUGUUGCACAUAAGUUGAGGAAAGAGAAGGGACAGCAUCUUGACAAAUUCAUGAAUACAUUCUUAGCGUCCACUUGUGUUAAGUACGAACACGCUGACCUCGGAAUAGAACCUAUUGUUGAUCAUCAGUUUGUGGAGACUAAGCAGAGGGGGAGGAAUUCAAACUCAUCGGUUUUUGAGAAUAAUUUGAAUAUCAGCGAGGCGAAGGGGAGUUUACCGUACGUGGCGAUGGGAAAGGGCCAUGUGAAGGGGGCGUGUUACUGCAUUGCUGAAGCAGUCGAAAAUCUACUAGACGUCAGUGGAUUGGUGUCUCAAUUCACCUGGUUGAUAGCAUCUCUAACGCGUCCAUCCUUGGACUCAAUAUGCAAUAAAUUCAUGGAUCAAAUACUCACGAAGCUACUGAGUGGAGGACGCGCAGCAAUAGUCGUUAAACUCCUUCACAAUGCGAUGUUUGAUGACAAGUCUUCGACGGAUUCUAACUCGUCAGAGGAACGCAGAAAGAGAUACACAAGUGCUAAAGAAGGAUUGCACUCGUUGGUGCCCUGGUGGUGUUUUGGUUUGCGGACAAACUACUGGUGCAGACUCAUGGAUGCACUCCUGGAACCCCUGCAGAAUCCAUUCUUAAAUAAACAUUUAGCGUACGUUCUCAUUGAUCAAGUACUCGUGACACUUUUUCCCGAAACAUCGCAAGUGUAAUGUCUCGCAAGAGUUUAUCUAAAAUUGUAAUCUGUGAGUAUGAGUAAUUAAUGCAGCAUAUUAAUUGUACAUUUUACACAAUUGCUCAAUGACUUGUACAUAUAAAUUUAUUCUGAAUCUUUAACUUAUGAUAAUUACUGUGAAAAGAGGGAACAAUUAUGAUAUUGUAAAUACGACGGAAGGAAAUAUCGAAUGUACAUUUGUCUGUCUUAACAUUACAGAGAAAAAAUAAAAAACAAUAAAAUUA